AAAGUUUUAUAAAAAGAUGACACCACAUAGUCGCUGUGUGGCGCCCUCGUCUCUUCAACGAUGAAACAUAAACAAUCAUGACAAUCGAUCGUCGGCCAAGCUUGGUGUCAGAAUAAAUCAAUAGAAUUAUCAUUAUCCUCUUUUUAUAAUCGUGUGGAUAUGUGAAUGUGAUAUAAAAUUAUGGACUGAGUGAAUAACGAUUGAGCUCCUUCAACGAUUCAACAAGUGUCUAAAGUAUGGUCAUCGCUGCAACGAAGUACAACUUCAACUUGUAUUUUUUUGUCUGAGUGUACAAAUGGAGCUCUCCAGCCCUCUUCAUGUGCCAAAUGAACACAAUCAUCUGUACUGUAAACCAUCCCAUCUGGAAAAUCCAUCAAAGCACGGAGAAAGAGUCCAAUAUGAGAAAAAGGAAUUCACUGCUUGGCUGAAUGACUACCUGCAGCAUGUUCCUGAUUGUAAGUGCAUCACAGACCUACAGGAAGAUCUUGCUGAUGGUAUUACUCUACUGUAUUUUGUUCAACAAAUCUCUUAUGAGUCGCCCCCAUGCGUACAUCAAAAUCCUGCCCUCUAUGUUCACCGUGUUGAAAACACCGAAGAGUGUCUUCUAUUCCUAGAUCGAUUGGGAGUUGACUUGAGAGGUGUAUACGCUGAAGAUGUGGUGAGCGGUAAUAUUAAGACCAUACUGGCACUGUGCCGGGCAAUGCAAAUACGCUUUCAAGGUGACAUGUCGGAGGACCAUCGUUGCUUAAGCCCAGUGUUGUCAUGGAAACACAAGUCGUUAUCCCCGUCUCUCUCAUCAGCCGGUUUCACAUGGCCUAAGAAUUCAUUCCUACAAGAGGGAGAGCAAACAUCAAGCCAUCAGGAUGAAACAGCGGCUUGUUCUGAGACUAGCUCAAGCAGUAUCUUCACAGUGUGGUAUAAGGAAGACAUGGCAGUCUUCAGCUGGAUUAAGAGACUACUAGGAAUCGAGUUGAAAGAUUAUUCAGAGUUUGGUGAUGGUAUUCUUCUGUGUGCUAUUGUAAACCAACUAUGGGAUGAAAGUGUUACACAGGAGGAGGUUCUUUACAGUACUCCUCUGGAGAGGCUUGAGAUUGCCACGGAAGCUGCUGAGCAAUUCUUAGGAGUACCAAGGAAUGAGCUUGACCUCAAGGCUGUGAUUGAUGGACAGAGUAAAGAUGGCUUAACAUGGUAUCUCUUAGAUCUCAAAGCGGCAAGUGAACAGAUGAUGACGCAAUAUUUAGCGAUGGGAGAGGAGAGGGACAGAAUGAAGAAUGAGGAGGAAGCAGUCAAUCAAAUGCGUCGUCAGCUCAUCAGGCAAUACUCCAGAGAUAACAUCGAUCCAGUACCGCCUGUCGAUUUAUCUGGAAGAAAUCAAACCAUCAGGCAGUCCUCCCAAGACAAUACCGAUCCUAUACCAACUAUUGAUUCAUCUGACAGAAAUCCAACCAACCAACAGGCAAGAGGCCCAACAGAUACAAGAUUGAAUGACAACUUCCAAAGAGACCCGAGCAAGAGCUGUCUGACAUCAGGAAAGCGUAUUUCUGACCAAGGGAGAACAGAACCAGAGAGUAUCAGUGAUGAGAAAAGUUCUGAUAAGCGUUCUCCAGCCGUCCCCUACCAGGCGAUAAGGGAGUUACUUGGGUUUGAUGAGAGUACUGACGCGCCAGAGCGACCAAUAGUUCAAGGUGAGACUCAUCAAGAGAUGGAAGAACUUGAGACCAGCCUGUCCUUGCUCAUGAAACCAACUACAAGGCUCUCAUCACUGCUUGGGCCAAAAUCCAGAGACGCGGAAAUCGACGACAACACUCCUCUGUUACAACAGACUUCCAGUCACCCUCUAGAUGCAUCUCCUGCUAAAGUGGCCCUCUUGCCGAGAGACACUCCGUCACGGAUGCGAAACCAACCGGACGUCUCAGGAUUCUUCUCUCCGUUUUCAAUGCCGUUCUUGUCGACCGCUUCUAGGACGGACGCAAGAACUAGAAUCGGGAACAGUAUGAGGAACACGUCUUCUAGGGUUGAAGAUGAUGACAACCUGGCAAGGGAUAAGCUGACAACUUGGAAUGACAAAGAUGUGCUGAGAAAUCAAGGCCAUGACAGUUUAUUGAAGGAGCCAGGACAGCUACAGAAGCCCAGGACUCGGAAACUAAGCGCAACGAUGAUGGCAAGAUUGGCUGCGCGAUCGCCAGGGGGAGUUGCUGGGAUGAACGCAUCCGAUUCUGAUGACUAAAACCCACAGAGAUAUUGACUUGGCUGUUCCGAAUCCAGGGGAGUUGCUGGAAUGAAUGCAUCCAAUUCUGAUGACUAAAACCCACAGAGAUAUUGACUUGGCUGUUCCGAAUCCAGGGGGAAUUGUUGGAAUGAAUGCAUCUGAUUCUGAUGACUAAAACCCACAGAGAUAUUGACUUGGGUGUUCCAUUUCCAAGGGGAGAUGCUGGAAUGAACGCAUCCUAUUCUGAUGACUAAAACCCACAGAGAUAUUGACUUGGCUGUUCCAAUUCCAAGGGGAAGUUGCUAGAUGAACGCAUUCGAAUUCUGAUGACUAAAACCCACAGAGAUAAUGACCUGGCUGUUUCACUUCCAGGUGAGCAGGAAUUAUCUCAGUUGGUGGAUCCAAUGAAUUAUUCCAUAUAUUGUAGUGGUC